GGGGUAAUAGGGUAAAGUACAAAAUGGGAAGGGAAAAAGGGUGAGAAGUUUUGACCUAAAUACCCAUCUCUCACAGCUCUCAAUCCUCUCAUCGCCCUCUUCUGCCCUCGCUUCUCCUUUCUCUCUUUUCUCCGAUUUCCCAUUUCUCUCCUUCGUCUCCUGCUCCCUUUUCCCCGCCACUUUCAAAUUUCUCCAACCAAUUAACUGCCCUCUCAAUUCCCAUGCCCUUCCAAUUUUGAUGCCCAAUUGGGGCAGAUCCAUUUUUGGGACUUUAUGAUUCUUCACUGAGAGUGUUGUCGCAGCUGGGUUUCUCGCCUCCUCUGUUAAAGACUCCAGCUUGAUGCCAUAAAGAUUCCACUUUUUUGCUUGAAUUUCGUUUGUUAUACGCAGUAAUUCUUGCAGGCAUAAGGUGAAAAUGGUGAACCACGACGUUCUCCUGGGACAAAAUAACGGUGCAGCUCUUGGUCAUAACCAGCCGGUGGUGCUAAACCGCAAUCACAACAUAGUUAUUGCUCAAAACCAUGGGUUGGAGAUGGGACAGGCUCACGAACAAGACGCGAGGUUGGGACAGGGUCAUGACAGUCAGGGUGAUGAUCAUGAAUAUGAUGAGCAAGAGAAUGGUUUGUCGAUGGAGGAGAAGCCUGAUCACGAUAUCCAAGAUGUGCAUCUACAUGGAGGUAGCAGUGAGUUAGAUAUGUCUGAUCAUAAUGAAUUGGCUGUCUCUGAGAACCAAGAACUUGACGAGAAUAUGGAGUUAGCAGUGAUCCAGCAUGAGGACAUGGGCAUGGACUCUAUGCACGAUAUGGAUCUUCACCAGUCUCUAGUAGUUACUCCCGCUCAUAUUCUGCAGCAGAGAACCCUUGCUAUAAGCCCUAGCUACGAGCUUCAUGUGGGGCAAGAGUUCGCUGAUGUCAAAGCUUGUCGAAGGGCUUUGAGGGACACAGCUAUUGCCCUGCAUUUUGAGAUGCAGACCAUAAAGUCGGAUAAAACUCGUUUUACUGCCAGAUGUGCCAGCGAGGAAUGUCCAUGGCGCAUUCAUGCUGCAAAGCUUCCUGGUGUACCCACUUUCACAAUCAGGACCAUCAAUGAUAGUCAUACAUGUGGUGGAAUUUCCCAUCUGGGGCAUCAGCAGGCCUCGGUUCAGUGGGUUGCCAAUUCCGUGGAGCAACGUCUAAGAGAGAACCCGAAUUGCAAGCCAAAAGAGAUCUUGGAAGAAAUCCAUAGAGUCCACGGUAUCACUCUAUCUUACAAGCAAGCCUGGCGCGGAAAGGAAAGGAUUAUGGCUGCUAUGCGUGGAUCCUUUGAAGAAGGAUAUCGUCUCCUCCCGCAGUACUGUGAGCAAGUGAAACGGACUAACCCAGGAAGUAUUGCAUCUGUUUAUGGAAAUUCUACCGACAACUGCUUCCAGCGCCUCUUCAUCUCAUUUCAGGCAUCCAUAUAUGGUUUCCUAAAUGCUUGCCGUCCACUUCUUGGGCUUGACCGAACAUUUCUAAAGAGUAAAUACCUGGGUACAUUGCUUCUGGCUACUGGUUUUGAUGGGGAUGGUGGCCUUUUCCCGUUGGCUUUUGGUGUUGUUGAUGAGGAGAACGAUGAUAACUGGAUGUGGUUUCUCUCUGAGCUCCAUAACCUUCUCGAGGUGAAUACUGAGAACAUGCCAAGGCUUACGAUAUUGUCAGAUAGGCAAAAAGGCAUCGUUGACGGAGUAGAAUCCAAUUUCCCCACUGCUUUCCAUGGGUUUUGCAUGCGCCAUUUGAGUGAAGGCUUCCGGAAAGAGUUUAACAAUACACUGCUUGUUAACCUUUUGUGGGAUGCUGCCCAUGCUCUUACAGUUAUUGAGUUUGAAGCAAAAAUUCUAGAGAUUGAGGAGGUUUCGCAAGAUGCAGCAUACUGGAUUCGCCGGAUUCCCCCUCGAUUAUGGGCUACAGCUUAUUUUGAGGGAACAAGGUUUGGACAUUUGACAGCUAAUAUAGUGGAAGCUCUAAAUACUUGGAUCUUGGAAGCCUCUGGUCUUCCUAUAAUCCAGAUGAUGGAAUGCAUCCGAAGGCAGCUAAUGACCUGGUUUAAUGAACGUCGAGAGACUAGUAUGCAGUGGACAUCCAUCCUUGUGCCGAGUGCAGAGAGGCGAGUUGCGGAGGCACUUGAGCGUGCACGCACUUAUCAGGUUCUUCGCGCUAACGAAGCUGAAUUUGAGGUGAUAUCUCACGAGGGAACAAACAUUGUUGACAUCAGAAACCGCUGUUGUCUCUGUCGGGGAUGGCAACUGUAUGGUCUACCCUGUGCGCACGCUGUCGCUGCACUACUCUCUUGCAGACAGAAUGUCCACCGAUUCACCGAGAGCUGUUUCACUGUUGCUACCUAUCGGAAGACGUACUCACAAACCAUACAUCCUAUUCCAGAUAAAACACUGUGGAUGGAGUUUUCUGAAGGAGACCCGACUGGCAGUAAAUCUGUAGAAAUGAUUAUUAAUCCACCUAAAUCACUCCGCCCUCCUGGGCGACCGAGGAAGAAGCGUGUUAGAGCAGAAGAUCGUGGCCGUGUGAAGAGAGUUGUACAUUGUAGCCGCUGCAAUCAGACGGGCCACUUUAGGACGACGUGUGCAGCGCCAAUAUGACUACUCAUUCUGUAUCCAUGCAAUAAAGUUAAGCUAAGCUAAGCUAUGCUCUUACCUGUGCAGUAAAUUUUCUUAGACUUGUUUUUAGAUAAAGGAAUUACUAUAAGUUGGGGUGCAAGAUUGUUGUCCUAAUAAUUAGAUGACUAGUUUUAUUAUUUGUCCUAUUAAGUGGAUUGCUUUCUAGUAUCAUUUUAUAGAAGAAUACAGCCUCUUACUUUUUU